UUAAACAGGCAGUGUUGGGUCAGCUAACUGUUGCGUCACUUUCCCUCGAAGGUCCCAACAGGACGGUCCUUACCGGUGGAUUUCUUUAGUACAUAACACCUCGUCCCGGUCCUCCUUCAGAAGAAAAAUGUACUACAAGUUCAGUGGUUUCACCCAGAAACUAACGGGCUCUGCUCCUGCAACCGCCUACAACCCUCAGGGACUGAGAUCCGGUUUGCCAGCUGAGUCUCCAACCAUGAUCUUUGCUACACCCACAAAGGUGGUGUCAGAAGCAGGGGCCACAGCGGAGUACAUGGGAGCAAACAAGGUUCCCGACCUCCAGAAAUUUUUCCAGACGUCAGACGGUAUCCCCGUUCAUUUGAAGCGCGGUUAUCCCGACAGGCUACUGUACCGCACCACUAUGGCUCUCACUAUAGGAGGCGUUGCCUACUGUCUGGUGGCGCUCUACAUCGCAGCCCAGCCCAACAGAAAGUGACCAACACAACUGCCAUCUUCCUUUCGCUGCUCCCGUUAACUACCAUUCACAGCAUUCAUUUAUCGGCCCUCGCUAUACCAACUCUUGGGACUCUUCUUAGAUGAUCUUCAUCAAGCCACUGAAAACUAUUUUAAUGUCUUUCUUCUUUGAAAGAAAAAAAAAAGAUGUCUGAUUUAAUAAAAUUUCAGGAAGAAAGAAGUUAAAAGAU